GAGCACCAACUGCAGCGCACUGCCGCACGAGGCUCACGUCAUGGAUGAGUAUGAAAGAGAGUUUGGUGAUCUCCUCUACUUGAGAAGCAAGCCUACGGUCUAUGAAAGGUUUUACAAUGAUAACAUAAAAAAGAUGGUAACAAAGUACAACUUUCUUCCGGCGGAGCUCAUUGAAUGCAGAAUGCAAAGCCUUUGGAAGAAGCUUUUGGCAAAAAAUCCUGCUUUAAGGAGCAGGCAUGAAAGUAACAUCAGAGACGCAAAGCUCCUCUGUGCAAAGAACAAGCAAGCAAAGACCAGGCAAAGAAGAAUCCAAGGGAAAUGCCCAAUCAUGUUACAAGCCACGACGAAGAUGUUCCCAGAGAUCAGAAUCCUUGACAUACCAUGAUGAGGAUGAAGACUGUGAAGGGGACCUCUUCCAAACCCCACUUCCUGGCUUUAAGACCAAGACGUAUAACAGAAGGGCUGUGGAGAAUCGUUACAGGCCACUAAAUAUACGGGUCACCAGACACUCAACAACUGUCCCAAAAGAGACUGAAAGACCAGCAACACCCCAACACAGUGACGAUGAAAAAGAACGAGAAAAAGACCAAGACGAUGAUCCUUCAUCAACAAGUGACAA